AGUUAGUUAGCUGGUUUUAGCUGAUCAUCUAGCCUGGUCAUAGCUAGUCAGCAGGCUGGUUUUAGAGGGGUUUUGACCACUACUUUAGCUGGUCAGCUGUGAGCGCAACGAUGCCGUCGAUAAAAGCAUCCAACGAACAGCUGUGUUCUAGCGUCACCGCGUGGCCGCAGUGUCGCGCUGUCUGCGGUGAACCGGUUCACUCCGCUCCGCGGUGGACUCGCUGACCCCGCUGCCGUGGGCUCCGACUGCGCAGCGGGCGCCAGGUGUUCAAGGAGACCGUUUGAAUACAUCCAAAAAUGUGUUCUUCCUAAGCGAUUAUUCUGCCAUUUGUAACCAUAACUUCGCUUCGAAAGCUGCGGAUUGUGGUUUUCCCUCGUUUAAUCACGUCCCUGUCGCUUUAAAGCUACAGACAAAACGACCCAUAUGAUUUUCGACCUCCAAUCAUCAUCACUCCCCCGGCCGAGAGUGCGAGCCCUUCUGCAUGCGCACAUGAAGAAAAAGGACAGAUGUCAAAAAUGGCUAGAAGAGCGCAGAGCGGAUAUAAGACAGCUGAUUUCUUGAAAACGAAGCAUUGAAAUGCUAAGGAGGGGAGACGGUUCUCCUUCGAGGCAGAGAGCACUGAGUCAUCAUGCUCAUAGUGGAGAAAACUUCUGAGCAUCCAUCUGCAGAGUUCUCCCUCGUUGAGGAUGUGGCCCUUCACUGCACCUUUUUAAUGGACAGGUUGAACAAGCAGCGUCUGUUUCAGCCAGAUCUAUGUGACGUAGACAUUGUCCUCCUGCACCACCAGACUUCUUUCCAGGCCCAUAAGGGUGUCCUAGCAGCCUACAGCCCCUUCUUCCACUCACUGUUUGCAUCGAGUAAGGAGCUGCGGCGUGUGGAACUCUCUCUGGAGACCCUCAAGCCUCAAGGCCUGCAGCAGAUCCUCAACUUCAUCUACACCUCCAAGCUGCUGGUCUCCAGCUGCAAUGCCCAAGAUGUGCUCAAGGCUGCCACAGUGCUCCAGAUGAGUAACAUCGCCACUUCCUGCAAGGAACUCAUUACUAGAGGCUCACUGGAAAUCAGUCGCUCUGUGGAUCAAACCAAACAGGGCAACAGCAGCUCGGUGAACUCCAACUUUCACAUGGAGAUCAAGCAAGAGAAGGACCCGACCUGUGCCAGGAUCCAUGGAGGGAAGAGUGAAGCAAACCCAUAUGCUGUUCAGGCUGGCGAUGGGCGUCCAGUGCAAGUAGGUGCUUGUAAAGUAGAAGGGAAGGAAACGGAAAACCUGAAGGACCCUGAAGAUCUUGAUUCAUUUAAUAGAGAGCAAAUUAUUGUAGAGCUGAACCUGAACAACCAAACACUUAAUGUGUCCAAAGGUUUAGAGGGAAGCGUGGCAGUUCACUCGCCUUCUGGACAACAGCUUCCUGGCAAAGGAAAGAGGAGUAAUGAGAAUGUUGAGGAAUCAAGAGACAAUGUGGCUUUGGAGGAAGAGGAAGAUGAAUGUGAGCAAAGUGAAGAUGAUGAUGUGAGACUAGAAGGCAGCAGUGAAGAGGAAGAUGAAUACACAUUACCUGCAUUCAUGUCUGAAAGACCAGUACGACAAACCCGGGCCUCCGCCGAUGCUGUCACAAUGGUCUCCGAGAAAAAAAGUGAGAGAGAGAGGCAAGAGACAGCUCAUGGAGGGAACAGUGAGGAGCAUCUGGACCAGGAUAGCUUAGAGUUUCAGAGCUUCACCUGUGUGUGGUGCCCCAAGACAUUCAACAACCGCUGGUACCUGGAGAAACACAUGAACGUGACACAUAACCGCAUGCAUAUCUGUGACAAGUGUAGCAAACGCUUCCUAAUGGAGAGCGAGCUACUGCUGCAUCAGCAGACCGACUGUGAGAAGAACAUACAGUGUCUAACGUGUGGAAAAGCUUUCAGGAAGCUCUGGUCGCUCCAUGACCACAAUAAGAUUGUUCAUGGCUAUGCUGAGAAGAAGUACACUUGUGAGAUCUGUGAGAAGAAAUUCUACACAAUGGCUCAUGUACGCAAGCACAUGGUUGCCCACACAAAAGAGAUGCCAUUUACCUGUGAGACAUGUGGCAAGUCUUUUAAAAGGAGCAUGUCACUGAAGGUCCACUCUCUCCAACAUUCAGGAGAGAAGCCUUUCCAGUGUGAGGUCUGCAGUGAGCGAUUUCAGUAUAAGUACCAACUGCGCUCUCACAUGAGCAUCCACAUCGGACACAAGCAGUUUAUGUGUCAGUGGUGUGGGAAGGACUUCAAUAUGAAACAGUAUUUUGAUGAACACAUGAAGACACACACAGGAGAGAAACCAUAUAUAUGUGAGAUCUGUGGGAAGAGCUUCACAAGUCGUCCCAAUAUGAAGCGGCACCGGCGUACACACACGGGAGAGAAGCCAUACCCCUGCGAAGCAUGCGGCCAGCGUUUCCGCUUCUCCAACAUGCUGAAAGCUCACCGAGAGAAGUGUUCCCAGGUCAGGAACCCUCCACUGCUGGACUCCUCUGCUAUAACCAAUCAAACGGAAGCUGCUGCAAACCCAGAACUGCCGGUUGGGAUGGAAGCACUGAGGGAUAUUAACCCACAUCCACAUGGUGUAGUCUCUUUCCCAUCAUCUGUGCUCCACUCAGUGGAUGGGGGUCCGUCACAUUCUCAGCUGCGUUCCCUUACGCCGCUCUACUCCGCUGGAAGGACAGACUCCAGGAACCUGUAACUACUGCUCUGUAUUCUAAAAUUGUUUCUUUGUGAUGCAGAGAUACUUUAUAUGUAGCAAAGAGUCUGAGAUUUCAUGUUAGUCUUAUUUUGUUUUCACAUCAUAUUCUCUGAUACUCCUUCUAACUCUUCCAAUCCCAUAUCAAAUGUUGACGGAGUCCUCCAUGCUAUGAUAAUCCCUAAAUAGGCAAGAAGUAUUAAGUAAAAUACUAAAACUAUUACCCAGAUGUAGAACACUAAAUGUAAGACAUAUAUGCUUUUAUGUACAGUAUAUUAACAGAAUAAUAAAUAGACAAAAGCAUAUUUGGUUUAUAUAGCUUUGGGUUUUUAUAGAUUUAGAUGCUUUUUUUAUGUAAAAGUUUGUCAAAAAGCACUAUUCAUGUUUGGGGUGAUGACCUGUGAUAUAUGUACGUAUAUGGAUAUAUACAAGACACGGUCUUGGUGGUAAAAAAAGUUCAGUCAAUAGAUCCUGUUUCUGGCACUUUACUGGCCUGUUGGUGGAAGGGGUUUCAUAAACAUUUGUUUAGCCCUUGCAUUUUGUGAUAGUUUUAUCAUUUUUUGUUGUAUUUUUUUAAAAGCACCUUAAAAGUCAAAUUGAAUUGUUUCUCCAUCUUUCUCUAAAUUGAGAAUGACUAUCAUCUGUAUUUUGUCAACAGCUGGAAAUCUAGAAGUCAAGUAUACGCUAGAGAUUGUAUUAUAUUAUUAAUGAAAAAGUCAGUUCUCCACUAUUUAGUGUUCCCCCACGUCUCACAGUCUCAUGCAGACUCUAAAGUUUGAUCUUCUGAAUUAAAAAUCUAUUUUUUAUUGUU